AUGUUUUCCAGCCCCUUUGUUGCCCGUCAAGAAGAUGUCUGCUCGCCAGGCACAACGUUCUACGCCUGUGAUCCCAAUGACGGCGACAAAGAAGAUGACAGUUCGACAACCUCAGAGCCGAAAUCUGACGAGGUGACGCCAACUCCGACUGAAGAUGAUCAGAGCCGACAGGCAAUAGAGACAACUUCUUCGUCGCAGCCAACAACCACCACGAAGAAAUCUUCUGUAAUCAUGACGGACUCUGGCAUAACCCACACGAUCCCAAACAACUCGAUCGUCACAAUCACUAGGCACACAACCAUCACCACGGGCAGGCCAUCAACCUCCACCUCAGACCUCACAGAUACCGCAUCGACGAAAACUGGCACGCCAACCACAGCAUCAAUCACAGCAACAUUCACGGAUGUGCCACCAUCCUCACCUGCCCAUGACAACAGCACAGCAAGCUCCUCUGAGGCUCCAGGCGCAAGUCCUCUAUCAACAGGAACCAUUGUCGGAAUUGCUGUUGGUGGUGCCGUUCUCAUCGCCAUUGCCGUGGUCCUGAUGCUUGCGCUGGUACGCCGCAAGAAGCGUCGCGGAUCCGAGACCGACUCUGUUCUCCGCCAAGAUAACGGCCGAGAUGACGCUGUCGACGAAAAGCACUUCCCCAAUAAUGGGCCAACUGGCGCCAACGGCACUCAAGGAAGCAGUGAUCCCUUUGCGCCCUUUGGAGGUCGAGCAGAUCAGCCCGAAGAUCCUUAUCGACCGGCCAGUGGUGCUUUUGAGAUGGACGGAAGCAGCGCCGCCCCGGUCGAGUUACCUGCCGUGAGCGCGUCGAGCCCAGGCAAGGCUGAUCGCAAAGCAUCUCGUCUUGAGCCCGUCCAAGAGGCCACCUGUACGGACCCUCGUGCUAACCUCACUUCGGUACCGACAGACGAUGGCCACCCUGUGUAUGUAAAUCACUGGAAUCAGUAUAAGCACCUGGGAUAA